CAGAAUAAUUUAAUUUAGUUAGUCAAUAUAUUAUUAUCAUUGACCUUAGAAAAUUGAAUUCAUUAGAGCAAGAACAAUGGUUACAACUAUGUCGACAAUGCCGGCAUUGUUAAAAAAAGACAACAAAACUGAAAUAAUCAAACAUUGUUCAUCAUUAAAUGACGUCGAUGUACUUCGUCAGACUAUCUAUCAUCUUGGUCUUCAGGUGGUUCAUGGAGAAGUUAUUGCCGAUUUAGCUGUUUCAACUUUUUAUGAAAUAAUUAAAUCCAAUGAACAAAUCACAAGCAUUCUAAGCGAUGUCAUCACCAUAUUGGAUAUUGAAAGUCAAGUACUUGGCCAGAUUGAUUCAAAUAAGCGGGAAAACUUUAUCGAAUUUCUUAAACUCGCUAAUAAUAAUAUAGUUUCAGAUUGGUUGCUCAAAGAACGACUUGAUUAUUCAACACUAGCCGAUGCUAAAGUAAUCAACAAUGAAAAAGCGGCAUCAACCAAAUUCAUCAAAUUAAAGACCAAGCUAUAUUAUAAACAACAAAAAUUCAAUCUAUUUCGCGAAGAAAGUGAAGGCUAUAGUAAAUUAUUCACUGAACUAUGUCAGGAUGGCCAAUUUGAUCCUGAUUACAUGUUAAAUACGAUCAAAUCAUUAAUUGGUUGUUUUAAUUUGGAUCCUAAUCGUGUGCUUGACAUUAUACUUGAAUGUUUCGAAGCCCGUCUAUAUCUUCGGGAUUCAUUCCUGAAAUUAAUCAAAAAUUUCUCCAACAAUCCUGUAACGUUGAAUCAGAUUUUGGCAUUUAAAUUUAGUUUCUACAAUGAUAGUGAUAACGGAAUCGAAGAUCCAUCUGCAUUAUAUGAUGUAGUAGCUUUACUUUUGCAUAAUAAUCUGAUUCAUAUAGAAAGUCUCUAUCCAUAUCUGUCUCCAUCUGAUUCGAAAAUUUGUGAGAUAUAUCAAAAUGAUAUAAACGAAGCGAAAAAUUUUCCGAAAAAAAUCUCAGCUAUUUUAUCCGUGGAAGGAGCCAAACAUGAAGAUAUUAAUAUAUUUGAAGAAGUUCGAUCACAACAUAUUAAUGGUAAUCAAAAACUUGGCUUCAUUUUAGCGCUAUUAAAAUUGGGUGAUUGGCCUAAUGCUCAACGAUUGAUGCAAAUGUUACCUGAAUAUUUUGCCAUAUCAUAUCCUGAUAUUGGUGAUGCAUUGAGUCAAUUGAUACACUAUCUUAUUGGUCCAUUGUAUAAACGAAUGUCAACAUUACCAUCCGUACUAUCGACACGGAUUCAUUUGCCCGAUGGAAACUAUUCGUUCGAACCAAUUGAAAAUAUGAAUGAAUUUCGAACGAAAAUUAUGCCAAUGAUUUUAACCUUUGGCCCAUAUCUUUACCGUGAUCCAAUGCUUAUGACAAAAUUGCUCAGGAUCAUACGUUCUGCUUUACAGGCCAAUUUCAAUGAUUUUCGUUAUGAAAUUAUAAACCUCUUGAACGUUACCAUUUUGCCAUCAUUUUCGCUUAUUGAAAGUAAUUCUGCUCUUGGUGAAGAACUAUGGUCAUUGAUGCGCCUGUUUCCAUACAAUGAACGAUUCCUUCUGUAUAACAUUUGGAAAGUUGAACCAACAAAUCCAUUGCUGAUAAAAAUGAAAUGCUUCACAAUGCGUCGUAUCAAAUACAUUAUGAAACGAAUAAGUAAAGAUAAAGACAGUAUUAAACAAUCUGGAAGGUCGAUCGGCAAGCUUAGUCAUUCGAAUCCAACAUUUUUAUUUGAAUAUAUGCUUGGACAGAUUCAAUCUUAUGAUAAUUUAAUUGGGCCUGUUGUUGAUUCGCUCAAAUAUCUAUCAUCCGUAUCGUACGAUGUUCUAUUAUUUUGUGUCAUAGAAGCAUUAUCAAAUCCAUCGCGUGAACAUUCAAAACAUGAAGGAACGAGUAUUUCACCUUGGCUUCUUAGUUUGGCUAAUUUUUGUGGAUCUGCUAUUAAAAAAUAUCAGAUUGAAUUGCCUGGUUUAUUGCAGUUUGUGGCCAAUCAACUAAAACUUGGAAAAUGUCUGGAUCUAUUAAUCCUAAAAGAGAUCGUACAAAAAAUGACCGGCAUUGAAACAUCAGAAGAAAUGACCAAUGAACAAAUUGAAGCAUUGAGCGGCGGUGAACUACUUCGAACUGAAGGUGGAUCAUUCAAUCAGAUUCGAAACAUUAAGAAAUCUACUCUCCGGCUAAAAGAAGCAUUACUUGAAAACAAUUUGGCCAUGCCAUUAUGUAUUCUUAUGGCACAGCAACGAAAUUGCAUCGUGUUUCAGAGUGAAAACACUCAUCUUAAAUUAAUUGGCAAGCUAUAUGAUCAAUGUCAAGAGACACUUGUUCAAUAUGGAAAUUUCCUUUCAAAUUCUUUGACAAUCGAUGAUUACAAACGAAGGUUACCAUCAUUAAAAGAAUUACUAUUGGAAUAUCAUCUUAGUCCUGAUGUCACUUUUUUCCUAAUGCGACCCAUGAUUAGCCAUGAUAUUACCUCGGUAUUUGAAGAACUUGUUGCCCAACGAACGGGUGAAAAAUCCAAACAAGUCCUAUUCGAAUGUUUCAAUCAGGCCAGUGAAAUGGUACUGAAUCCGAUGGUAGAAUCGAUAAAACCAGCGUUGAGUAGCCAGGUUUCAAUCGACCUGAAUGCUAGAUUUUUUAUCAGUUUCUGGACACUCACAAUGUAUGAUCUUCAAGUUCCUGAAAAAAGUUAUCUUCGUGAACGAAACAAAAUAAAUCAACAAAUUCAAAUUCUUGAAGAUAGUAAGGAUAUGGUUAUAAGUAAAAAACGUAAAGAAAAAGAUCGGCUGAUAAGUAUUAUAACCAAAUUGACGAAUGAAGCCCAGCAACAGAAUGAACAUGUGACUAAAGUAAUGCAUCGUCUGGAAAAUGAAAAAAAACAUUGGUUCGAAUCGAAUGUUAACAAGAUAGAUGUGACUACGAAUUUUCUUCAACACUGUUUGAUACCUCGAUGUAAAUUUACAGCUUUGGACGCUUUGUAUUGUGCAAGGUUUGUUCAUUUUCUACAUUGUCUCAAGACACCCAACUUUUCCACGCUAAUCUGUUUGGAUCGAAUUUUCGGAGACAUUUCGAAUACGAUGAGCUCAUGUACAGAAAAUGAAGCAAAUCAUUAUGGAAGAUUUUUAUGCGCCAUUCUCGUCAUUGUCAUGCGAUGGCAUAAAGAUAUUAAAGUAUUUGAAGUAGAAUGCGCAAAAUAUCCGGGAUUUGUGACGAAAUUUUGUGAGAAAGAUCCCGUUCAUAUCGACUAUGAAUCGUAUCGUCAUGUAUGCCAUAAAUGGCAUUAUCGGUUGACCAAAGCAUUUAUUCUUUGUCUUGAUUCGGGCGAUUAUAUUCAGAUACGUAAUUCAUUAAUUGUUCUGACUAAAUUGUUACCACAUUUUCCAGUAAUGAUCAGUUUUGCACAAGCUAUUGAACGUCGUUUGGAAAAAAUUCGCACUGAAGAAAAAGAAAAACGACCCGAUUUGUUUGUCUUGGCCACUGGAUAUUCGGGUCAAUUAAAAUCCAGAAAAGGAACUUUUAUACCUGAAAGUGAAUUCCAUGAAAAAGAGAGCAAAAAAAUGCAAUCAUCGAAUUCUUCAUCCUUCCAUCAGCAACAACAGGCUCAACAACAAAAAGAUUCUGAUGGCUCUCAAAAUCAAUCACAAGCAAAAUCAGAAAUGACAACCAUUGAAAUUAAAAAAGAAUCCUACCGCGGAGAUGAUGCCCAAAAGCUCUCUAGCAGCAACAGUAGUAAAUCUAGUAAAAGUAGUUCAUCCAAAACAUCAUCAAGUCGGAUUGUUGAACCUGAAACAACGAUGGAAUCAUCAUCAAAGAAAUAUAAAUCUGAAUCGAUGACCCGAAUAAAGAAAUCUGAGGAAAAAACAUCUUCAUUAUCAAUUUCAAGUCAUUCUGCCAAUUCUAAGGAUCAAUCUACAGUUGCUUCGAUCAAAAUCGAAUCACGAGCAUCAUCUGCAUCCAGUUCACCUAAGCGUGGUGAUUAUCGUAUUAACAAAGAUGAUAUCGAUAGCAGCAUUAACAAUGAUUAUCGUAAACGAAAAUUAGAGUCCACUCGAGGAUCAACUGAGCGUGAUUUGACAAUAAAUGAUAAACGAUUUAAAGAAUCGGAAAUGGCACAUCCUGCAUCAUCAUUAUCGCAGCCAACUAGAUCAGCAUCACAUGAAAAGAAAUCAUCGUUACGGAAAAGACAGACCAAAGAUUCCACACCAUCAUCGACCAUUCAAGAAGCUCCAGAUAUGAUGAAACAAGUUCGUAAAACAAAAGAUGAUUCUUCAGGUUCAAGUCGAAAGAAUGCAAGUGAAAGUUCAAGUAGUAAACGACAAUCACGACGUUAUAAAACCGAUGUAGACAAAUAAUAUAAAUCAUCAAAAUGGAUUAAGUU